AUGACCAAGCAAAAAGACACCAACGGAGAUGCUUUGUGGGUUUGGUGUUAUCCAUCCGUAACAGCUGAACUGAGGAGUCUAUUGCUGCGCAAGUGCUGCCUUACAGAUGAAAAUAAACUGCUUCACACGUUUGUAUUUGGCCAGUAUAAAAGGUCAUGGUUCUACAUCACAACUGUGGAAGUUCAAGAUUCUCCAGCCUUGAAAAAGGUGACCCACUUCUCUGUUGUUCUGAUGGCCAAAGACUUCAACCCAGAGAAAUAUGCAGCCUUCACUAGGAUACUGUGUAGAAUCUACUUGAAGCAUGGAAGUCCAGUUAAAAUGAUGGAGAGUUACAUUGCAGUCCUUACAAAGGGGAUCUGCCAAAGCGAAGAGAAUGGGUCUUUCCUCAGCAAGGAUUUUGAUGCUCGGAAGGCUUAUCUUGCUGGUUCCAUCAAAGAUAUAGUAUCUCAGUUUGGAAUGGAAACAGUUAUCUUGUAUACAGCACUGAUGUUAAAGAAGAGAAUAGUAGUGUACCAUCCUAGAAUAGAAGCUAUCCAGGAGUUUACCAGGACUUUGCCUGCUUUAGUGUGGCAUCGACAAGAUUGGUCAAUUCUUCAUUCAUACGUACAUCUAAAUGAGGAAGAAGUGGAAGCCUUAAAAGCCUGUACAGGUUACAUUGCUGGAUUUACAGAUUCUGAAGUGAACAGUAGACCAGACCUCUAUGAUGUGUAUGUGAAUUUGGCAGAUAGUGAGAUCACAGUUUCCCCUGUAGUAAAAGAGGCAAUGACAAUGGGAAAACUUCACAAAGAAAUUGGACAACUAAUUGUUCAAUCUGCAGAAGAUCCAGAUAAAUCGGACAGCCAAGUCAUUAAGGAUAUUUCUCUGAAGACAAAAGAAAUCUUGGCUACUUUAGCCUCACUUACUGAAGUUUCCGAUGGCAAUGAAAAACCAACCCUUAACUCUGAGGCCCUGAAACAAAAGCGAUUUCCACCAGCCACAGAAAACUUCCUUUUUCAUUUAGCAGCUGCUGAACAAAUGCUCAAAAUCUGAUUUUGAUGCAGUGCAGUGUUAUGGACCAAUUUAAAAAUAUUGUCAUUGCCAUACAGAUAGGAAUACCUGAUAUUUUAUAUGGAAAAAUUAAAGGUAUAAGAGUGAAUGUUAUAUUUA